GAAGGGACCUCUAUCCGCAAAGCAUCUGCAAAACAAACUGAUCCUGAUUUUGAACUUCUACAACAAGACAGAGGUGAAGAGAACAAUAUGCCUCAAAGAGCAGAGUGCAGGUGUUUCAAGAAAAAUUGCUGCAGAACGUCUCCACGAGUAUUAGUCUUACUUGUUUCCAUUGCCAUCUUAUCCCUGGUCCUCAACUUUGUUCUUCUUUUAAAGUCACCAGCAGCAAAGCAGCAGCUGGGAUGUAGUUUGGUAUCCCCACCACAAUGUGGUCUGCCAUGCCCACGUUAUUGGAUCGGAUAUGAGGGGAAGUGCUAUUACUUUUCAAGGGAAAAACGGGACUGGGUCUCUAGCAAGCACUACUGCUCUUCACACAAUGCGUCCCUGGCCAGGAUUGACAAAGAAGAAAUGGAUUUUGUGAUGCGGCUCAAAGGCAAAAAUAUCCAUUGGAUUGGGCUCCGUAGAAUCUUAAGGAAGGACUGGACAUGGGCAGAUGGAGAAAAUGCCACGAUGGAGGUCAAUGGAGGAGGAGGAGACUGUGCGUUUCUAGACAACACAGGCAAAGCUGUUGCUUCAGGAUGCCACACAAAAUUACCUUGGAUCUGCAGCAAGCCUGCUGCAUGUACAACAAAGGACGUCACAGAUAUAUAGGCAGGAGUGUCGGGUACGGCAAGAAAAAUAGUUAUGGCUCACCUGGGAAAAUAAUGCUGCUGUGACUUGGUACUGGUUGACUGGGGACAGUGCUGAUGUCGAAGUCUACCCUGCUGUGAAACAACUGUGUUUCUUUUCUCAGGUUGCAAACGUCACACAGCAGUAAAGAGGAGAAGUGGUCAAGAAAUGUUCAGAUCCUGGUUUGAGUGACCUAACUAAUUAUUUAAACCCCAUUUAUACAGUUAAUGUUAUAAAGAAAUCAUAGUGUUUUUUUCCUCUCU